GAGAGAGAGAGAGAGAGAGAGCGAGAGAGAGAGUAAGAAGUAGUAAGGCAGUGCGGUAGCGCGAGUGAGAGGACAACUCAUUCCACCGCAGCUCGACUCCAAACGCAGACAGCGACUGUUGUUGGUGGACCAUGGGGAAGCACAAACGUAUUUCCCCGUCUCUCCGGAGCUUUCAGCGGUGACUGCGGUCAAUUCACACCGAGGAGUUCACCAGCCUGAAGCUAGGGGAUGAAUUAGAAAAGAAUAAAUCUGCCCUUCCUACGGUUAUUCGAAAGUGUUUUGUGUUAACUGGAUGCUGAUUGCCUGCGAACUGUGACUACUACCUGCGGAAAUUCUGUUCUAUCUCUCUCUCUUUCUCUCUCUCUCUCCAGAUUCAUAAUAUACCCUCUGCUUGGAGAGACCAAAAACUUCAGUGAGGAUGAUUGAGGAGGGGAGCCGCAGAGGGAAGACCAUGGCGGAGAGGAGGCAGAUCUUUAUGGACAUGAGGGCGCAGAACUUUGAUGAGAUCCGCCUCUCCGCCUACCGUACUGCCUGCAAGCUGAGGUUCGUCCAGCGGAGAUGUAACUUGCACCUGGUGGACGUGUGGAACAUGAUUGAGGCGUUCCGAGACAACGGUCUGAACACACUGGACCAUCAGACGGAGAUCAGUGUGUCGCGCCUGGAGACCAUCCUGUCGUCCAUCUUCUACCAACUUAACAAGCGUCUGCCCACUACGCACCAGAUCAACGUGGAGCAGAGCAUCAGCCUGCUGCUCAACUUCAUGGUGGCCGCCGGAGACUGUGACGGCCAGGGAAAGCUGACGGUCCUCUCAGUGAAGUCAAUGCUAGCCACUAUGUGUGGGGGGAAGAUUGUUGACAAGCUUCGAUAUAUAUUCUCUCAGAUCUCUGACACGCAUGGGGCGAUGACCGUGGCCAAGUUUGACCACUUCCUGCUGGAGGUCCUCAAGCUGCCCACUGCUGUGUUCGAGGGGCCGUCCUUUGGUUACAAUGACCACCAUGCCCGUGCCUGCUUCCCCCAGCAGAAAAAGAUCAUGUUGAACAUGUUCCUGGACACAAUGCUGGCUGACCCGCCCCCUAACUGCCUUGUGUGGCUGCCGCUGAUGCAUCGGCUCGCCAACGUGGAGAACGUCUUCCACCCUGUGCCAUGUUCGUAUUGCCGUGCCGAAAGCAUGAUGGGGUUCCGGUACUGCUGCCAGCAGUGUCACAACUACCAGCUGUGCCAAGACUGCUUUUGGCGUGGCCAUGCCAACCGCUCCCAUAGCAACCAGCACCAGAUGAAGGAACACUCCUCCUGGAAAUCUCCAGUGAAGAAGUUCGGUCAGGCCAUCAGUAAGUCUCUGGGCUGUGUGCCCAGCCGAGAACCCGCACACCCCAUCUUCCCCGAGCAGCCAGAGAGACCACUCGACCUUGCCAACCUUGUGCCUCCGCGCCCCCCCAUCUCCAACAACAUGAACGACACGGCCAUUCUCCCCUCCGGAGCUCCCACCCCCACCAAGAGCAGAGUGUCAGGUUUGGCGGCGGCACAGCGAAUGAAUGAGGAGCAUGCGCUCAUCGCUGCCUACGUCAACCGCCUGCAGAACAGCCCACGUGCAUUGGACAGCCCCAGUCGACUUGAUGAGGAGCACAAACUGAUCGCCCGCUAUGCAGCUCGUCUAGCCACAGAGUCGGGAAACGCAGCGAGGCCUUCAGCAGACUUCAACUUUGAUACCAAUAAGCAGCAUAGGCAGCUAAUAGCAGAACUGGAGAACAAGAACAGGGAGAUUCUGCAGGAGAUCCAGCGCUUGCGUGUGGAGCAUGAACAGGCCUCCCAGCCGACCCCAGAGAAGGCCCAACAGAACCCCACCCUACUCGCUGAGCUACGGCUGCUCAGACAGAGGAAAGAUGAACUGGAACACAGGAUGUCUGCGCUGCAGGAGAGCCGGAGGGAACUGAUGGUGCAGUUAGAGGGACUCAUGAAACUGCUAAAGGAUGAGGAACAGAAGCAGGCUGCUCAGGCAGCAGGCUCACCACAGACCUCACCGAGUCACGGAGUGGGUCGACCGAUGCCCAUGCCCGUUCGCUCCACUGGCUCCACCCCCACACACCAGCCCCAGGAUUCACUGACGGGGGUCGGCGGAGACGUACAGGAGGCUUUCGCUCAGGGUGCCCGUAGAAACCUUCGGAACGAUCUUCUGGUAGCGGCAGACUCGAUUACUAACACCAUGUCCUCUCUGGUCAAGGAGCUGCAUUCUGUAGACGACGGAGCAGAAGAAGAGGAUGAGAGACUCCAGAAUGGGAGAGACAGAGGAAAGGCAACUGGACAGAAACAAAUGGUCUCCUUGUAGACCUAACCCCCCCAACAUGACGCACAACUUUCAACCACUGCUGUCAUCAGAAUACCAGGACACAACCAAAACAGCCCAUCCUCAGAAACUCUCAGAGGGAAACGUGAAAGAACAGAGAUAAACAAACACACAAACAUGUAAACAAAAAAAAACAAAAACAAAUGUGAUAUCAAGAUCACUGCAGUUGCCUCCACCACUGGCUGCUGCAGUGGGUCACUGGCCACAGUUGUUCUGUUUCUCUCCUUUGAAGGGAAAGUGUUGUGGUUCCCAGGGUCUGUGCUUGACUGCUGUGUGGUUGUUUGUUAGUUUUUUUUAUUUAAUUUUUUAAAAUUAGAAUUUGAUUUGAGUUUUCGCGCUUGGAUUGAUUCAGCUUUAGCUCUUGGGGGCGGGAGGGGUUUGGGAGGAGCAACUGAAGAUAUACUGGGAGAAGGCCAACCCAAAGAUAGCUGAACAAUGACUCCGCCUACUUUGAGUGAUUGACGGUGCUAAGGCUCCACCUCCUGAGGAGGAUACACUCCACUUUUCAACCAACAGAGAACUGGUUCUUGAAACGGUUCCAUUCUGAAUUCUUCGAACCUUGGUGCUGUCUAGUGAACCCACCCGCAUUUCCACCAGUUUUCUAUGGAACCAAGGAUGUGUCAUCAAUAGAGGGUGUGUCAAUGUGUCAUCAAUAGAGGGUGUGUCAUGCAUGCAUAACUGAACUGUAGGAUGACACCCCCACUCUGGUUCAGAAAGGGGAAAAAGCUUUUUUUUUUGUGCUAAUUUUUCAGAUUCCGAAUCCGAACGCAUUUAUCUUUGGUUGAAAUGUUCCGAAUGGUUAAACUUCGUGAAACAUUCUGUAAACCAGAAUGGAGCCGCUUCUCUGUUGGUGGAAAAGAGUGGGACUAAAGGCCUAAGAGUGGGACUAAAAGGAUAUUAAUCGAAAGUGAAAGAAGGUGAGAGGAUGAUGAAGGAAAAGAAAAAGAAAGUGGACAAUGGUCAGAAGUAUACAAAAUAGAUGUGUACAAUUAAAUGAGUGUGUGGAUGUGGAAACAGUUGGUCUAGGAAUGGUCUAGUUAACAAGCAUUGUCAGAAGGGGGUGGGCCUUGUCUAUAGAGGAUAUUUAUUGCUGUACGUCUGACCUGUGAUACAGACAGAACUCAACCAAUAUGGUGUGCGGUUUGUUUGUUUAUUUAUUGCCAUGGAUGCUUAUUUAUUUUCCUAGUUCGGCACAUUAGCAUAACUGUUUAUGUAGAGAGCUUGAGGGUAUUCCAAGUAUGUGGUUCUGUAACUACCUGGAUAAGUUAAAUCUGAGAGUGUUGUAAAACUCGCUAUUGAAGAGCCUCUUGGCUUCAUUUUCAUUGCAAAAUAAAGACAAAGCGUUCUUUUAGUAUAGUUUACAACUUAUUCUGAGCUCAUUUAUCUGGGUUUGUCAUGGACCCGUGUACUUCAGAUACCCCCUUAUCCCCCUGCAGGUUCUUAAACUGUUGGGUCACGUGAUGAUUUCAAGUCGGACUGAAUCAAUCAAUGCUGUAUCUCUCUGGAUCAACCAGAAGAGUUUUUGUGUAUAUUAAAGUCAUAGAAUAUUUACUGUUUGUGAUUUGUUGUAGGUACUAAGCUUUUGUGUUCAAUGUAUGGAGGAUUUUUUUUUUUUUUUUCAUUUGUGAAAGCACUGCUUUUUGUUGUUUUUUAGCUGAAUAUCUGCCACAUGCACAUUUAAAUAUCUGGCCUGAUGUGUGUUGUAGUGUGUGUGUGUGUGUGUGUGUGUGUGUGUGUGUGUGUGUGUGUGUGUGUGUGUGUGUGUUUGUUAGAGAGAGUGUGGGUGUGAGUGUAAGGGAGAAAGAGCGCAAGUCUGUGUGUGUUAGUGCGCGUGCGAGAGAGAGAGAGAGAGUGUGUGUGUGUGUGUGUGUCUGUCUGUAUGUGUGUGUCUGUGGACCGCUGGACUGUAAAGUCACACUAGUGAAGCUGCCUUCAGCUUGAAAGGUCUCCAAGACCUAAGAGUUUGUGGGUUUCAUUCUUUCAAUAAUAUACAUUGUGUUUGAAAAUCAAUUAUACCUGCUAUAACAAAAAAAAAGUAAUGAUAUAAUUGUGCCAAAAUUAUAUGUUUAUUUUGAGAUUUUGAUAGUGUAGUCUUUCAGCAAAGCUGCAGUGUGUUUUCAGAUAAUUUCCCCUCAUUUAAGCUACAGUAUGCCACCCCUAAAUGCACGGCAAAACAUGACUCACUUCCUGUUUCAUGACAUGUGCCACAGAAUCACCGCCCAGCCUCCAAACACCACCCCACCCUAUCCUCCCCUAGUCAGCGUUGUGUAUGGAACAGAGCAAGGGACUGAGACUUGAUGCUACAGUACCCUCCUUGUGUUUUGUCUUCCAGAAGCAUAUGUUUGUGUGUGUGUGUGUGUGUUUGUGUGGGCGGACUCUGAUGUCACUGGGACGUUGGAGUGUGUGUGGUGCUGGAAACCAUUUGCUUUUUUUUUUUUUUUUACACGUCAAUCAGGUGUCCCAAGGGUGCCACCGAAGUACUGUGUCUUUCUGGUGCUGUGGCCAGAGUCAGGGAGCCUGAGCCAGCUUGGGGCCCUUAGUCCACAGGGGCCCCCUCAAAGAUCUGCCCCCUGAGAUGGAGGAGAGCUUUUUACUGGGGUGCUGCAGGAUAUUUUUCUGUCAUGAUACUGAAUGUUGAUCUGUGCAAAUGAAAUAAAUCAUAUUUUAAAAGAA